GGGGGCGGGAGAGGCCCGGGCGGGGGGACAGGACCCUCCGCGGGUCUUUGGAGGCAUUGGCUGGGGGCCAGGAUCGGGCCCGCGCCGGGAUGAGGCCCUGCGUCCCCUCCACCAAUCUGCAGGUGCCAGGAUCAGGCCCCGCGUGCGCCCUCAAGUAUUUUGGUCUUGAGUUUGGUGCUGAGUUACCCGCGUUAAAAGAUCAGGCUCUUGUUUAUAACCUUGCGAAGCUGUGCGUCUGUAACCUGUUGGUGGCACAGUGUGACAUCAAUUGCUGCUGCGACCCAGAUUGCAGCGCUGCGGACUUCAGCCUCUUCACUACGUGUUCAGUUCCCGUUGUCACAGGUGACAGCCAGCUUUGUAGUCAGGAAGCAGCUGUAUAUUCAAUUGAUGUUACAGCACACCCACCUGAAAGGAUAUUUAAAUUAAUUGACCAAUUCAAUCCAAACAUUUUCUGCAUUCAAACUGUAAACUAUAAACAAGCACUGUCUUUUAUUCCUCCUGAAACGCCAACAGCUCAAAAUUUUGAUCACUUGCUUGAACAGUUUGGAGGUGCUGCUUUCAGUGCUGAAUCUGAUAUAUUGAAUACUGAAUUGGAUGCACAGAGUCCCUUCUUCUAUUCAAAUGAAACAGCUAGAUAUGAGUAUGGUGUUCCUAUACAGACAGCCGAUGCAUUUCUGAGACUGCCCAGUCCCACUGUCUCCUCUCAGUGCUCUGAUGCUAAUCCUGCAGGUUUUCUAGUAAACCAGGCUACAAAGUGCAGUAGAAUGAUAAAUACGGAAAACUGUGGUGUUAUUCAAGAACUCAGCAUGCUGUUCUACACCAGCUCCCACAUUUUAGUGGUACCCAACUCAAGCCAGAUGGUGAAUAUCACUGUCCAAUCCAUAACUUUCCAGUCUCUGAAUGGAACUCGGACUCUACUUAACAGCACCGAUGCCAUUUUGUUCCCCAUGUUUUCGGGUGUUAACAUGUGCACAAACAUAGUUCUUGGGGCAAGUUAUCUUCUUACAUACACAGAUGCAGGAGAAAUAACAGAAGCAGCUGUUUCUUUUGUCCUGGGGACAGUUAACAGUACAGUGCUUUCAGUACAGCAGAGCUUUGAAAUUAGCUUUACUCAGCUAAACACAAAGCCAAUCCCUCUUAGUGGAAACCCUGGUUACAGCGUUGGAUACCCUGUAAGAGCAGGAUUUAGACCUCCCGGAUCUGGCAUUAUUCAGAGCACUAAUGAAUAUGGUCAGCUUACCAUCCUGCGAAGCACAUCUAACCAGGACUGCUUAGCGAUAGAAGGAGCCAGAACUCCUGUAUUAUUUGGUUAUAACAUGAUAUCUGGUUGCAAACUACGAAUUACUGCAUAUGCAGAAUGCCAGCUCCUGGCUCAAACGGUCCUAAACAUACUGAAAGGACAAAGUUUUCCAGAAUAUGUAGCCUCAUUUGGCAAUUCUCAGCCCCAAGAUGUAUUGGACUGGGUGCCAAUCACUUACAUCCAUUCUUCAGAACAGCUUUUGCAUCGUACUGCUCUACUUUAACAAGCAGGCCUACAUCACAAACAAGCACAGCUCCAUUUAUGUCUGCAGUAGAAAGUCACUGAAGCUUUAAAGAUUUACACCAGCUGAAGCUAGAGUUAUCUUAUCUUUAUCCCACGUAAAAUGACCAGCACAUGGACAUCAGCAUUGUGUGUAGAUUAGUGGUUUUCAACCUGUGGUCCACGGACUAUAUAUCUAAGGGGUCUGCAAAAGAUGACUGUGAUCAGGCAAAGGUAUGUGAAUACCCUCAUUUACAAUCCAAAGGGGUUUGUACCUCCAUUCAAAAUUUCCAAAGGGGUCUGCUAAUGAAGAAGGUUGAAAACCACUGGUGAUUAUGGCUUGGAUGAAAUGUUCUCUGCUAAUUUCUUAGGUUGAGCUGUGUGUUAUACUGUAGUGUUUUAAUAAAAUUAAUGGUAAUAGCUACUCUGACAGAGCUUGGACCAC